UCAGGUCCGUGGGUCCGGACUCAAACAGGAACAUGUCCCCGCUACUGCUGGUCCUGCUCGGCCUGCUGUCCCUGCUCCUGUGCGUCCUCCGCGGCCGGAACAGAAGAGACGACGAGCCCCCGCUGAUUAAAGGCUGGAUUCCUUUCAUUGGAAAGGCUCUGGAGUUUGGACGAGAUGCCCACACAUUUCUUGAAGAGCAGAAGAAGAAGUUUGGAGACAUCUUCACAGUUCACAUAGCAGGUAAAUACAUGACCUUCAUCAUGGACCCUUUCAUGUAUCCAAGCAUCAUCAAACAUGGACGGCAGCUGGACUUCCACAAGUUGUCAGACACGUUGGCGCCCCUCGCCUUCGGUUACCCCCCCGUCAUGAACCGGAACUCGCCCGGCCUCCAUGAUGAGAUCAUCCGCUCCUUCCAGUUACUCCAGGGAGACAACCUCACGCCCCUGACAGAGAGCAUGAUGGGUAACCUCAUGCUGGUGUUUCGUCAGGACCACAUGGGUGAGAGGCUGGGGGAGGAGGGCGUCUGGAAGAGCGGCGGUAUGUACGAGUUCUGCAGCUCGGUCAUGUUCGAGGCCACCUUCCUCACCAUCUACGGCAAGCCGCCGCUGGCCAGCCGCCACAGCGGCAUGGGCACGCUGAGGGAGGACUUUCUGAGGUUUGACACCAUGUUUCCACUGCUCAUCGCUAAGGUCCCCAUCCGGUUCCUGAGGCAGGCCAAGGCGAGCCGUGACAAGAUGAUCAACUACUUCCUGCCACACAGGAUGUUAUGUUGGUCCAACACGUCAAUGUUCAUCAAAAGACGACUGGAGCUGCUGGACCAGUACGACACACUGAGGGACGUCGAUAAAGCAGCUCAUCACUUUGCCAUACUCUGGGCAUCUGUGGCGAACACCGUCCCUGCUACCUUCUGGGCCAUGUACUACCUGGUGAGUCACCCUGAGGCCCUGGAGGUCGUCCGCCAGGAAAUCCACGACAUCCUGAACCUCAGUGGGAUCGAGUUCAGCACCGACAAAGAGGUGAUGCUCAGCAGACAACAGCUGGACAAGCUUCUUUAUCUGGAGAGCACCAUCAACGAGAGCCUCCGUCUGUCCUCAGCCUCCAUGAACAUCCGUGUUGCUCAGGAGGACUUCAGUCUGCGGCUGGACGGCGAGCGCUCGGUGGCCAUCAGGAAAGAGGACAUCAUUGUCCUCUACCCUCAGAGUUUGCACAUGGACCCCGAGAUCUACGAGGAGCCACAGAUGUUCCGGCAUGACCGCUACAUCCAGAACGGCAGAGAGAAGACAGACUUCUACAAGGACGGUCAGAAGCUGAAGUACUACCUCAUGCCAUUUGGCUCCGGCUCCUCCAUGUGUCCCGGACGAUACUUUGCCAUCAACGAGAUCAAACAGUUCCUGUGUCUCAUGCUGCUCUACUUUGACCUGCAGCUGGAGGAAGGUCAGACCAGAGCCACUGUGGACUCCAGCAGAGCCGGACUCGGCAUCCUUUUGCCCACCAAAGAUGUUCGCUUCCGCUAUAGACCGCGUGUAGUCAAGCAGGACAAAUGUGUCACAUCUGCCACCUCCAUGUCCAGUCAGAUGAGCGAUUAAAGGGGCCAAAAUAUAGAUUUGUACGAUAGCAAUCUAUGAAAUGACAAUGUGAAUGGGGUCUCUCGUCUUGAGCUGACUCAACUUGACCAUAUGCGACUCGACUUGACUCAACCUAACAUGAUUCAAUCCGACACAACCCGACUCAACUCAACCCAACUUGACUGAACUCAUCCAGACUCGACUCGACUCAACUUGACAAAACUCAGCUUAACUUGUCUCAUCCUGACUUGACUCAACCCAAAUCAAGUCGACUUUACUUGACUCUACCUGACUUGACCCCACUCAGCCGGACUCAGCUUGACUGAACUUGAUUCAGCUCAGUUCAGCCCGACUUGAUUCAACCUUACUCGACUCAACCAGUAUUGACUGAGUUCAACCUGACGUGACUCAGCCUGACCCAGGUUAAGUUGACUAAGUUUGACUCAACUCAGCCUGACUCGACUCAGUCCAACUAAACUUGGCUCAAUCUGACUUGACUCGCCCUGAUGUGACGCUUACUGUAAAAACAAUACGCUCGCAGCAUCAACACAGUUAUCACAGUCAAAUAAAACACUUCAUGAUGUCAUGAGUUAUCAACUUCACGUAGCUCACAACUCAAUAUUUCUGUCGGGUAACAACAUAAGUUUCUUUAUUUCCACAUCCUGAUAGCGUGCUCUGCGGUUUAGUAGUUUAAGUCUAAUCUUCACCUGCUGUAGAUGUGGAGGACAGAGCAGUGUUGUAGUUCCCAUGAUUCCUCUUUUGUAUAUGACUUCAUGCCUCUGGAAUUACAAACGAAAGCAGGAUUUUGCAGAAAGUCCUGUAAUUUGUGGGAGAAAGUAGCCCGUAUCUGUACUCACACCAUAUUUACCGUGUAGUUUACCUUAUUGGCUCUCCACCAUCUUAUUUGAAUGUCUGAAUCUGAUGUCGUCCAUCUCUUGCUCUGUUGAGCCCUUUACACUGUACAGUCUGUCUUUUAUGGGACCAGAUUUCAGGCUAGAAAAACAGGCAGCAUUGAGUUAACCAGGCACUACACUGUACUUUUCAGUAAUUGUACACAAUGUUGUAUUACAAUGUUUUAAUGUUACUUUCUUAAUAAUUUGUUCAGUUUUUACUGAUGUUGCACUACUGCCGUUGAUACUAAGAUUAAAGGAACAGUCCAACAUUUCAGUAAAUUCUCUGCCAGAUGUUUCAGAUAGAUAUCAGAAAGGUUCAGGACAUGUUUAGCCUAGCUUAGCAUGAAGUCUGGAAACAGAAGGAAACUGCUAGUUCCAUCAAACAGCAGCUCCAAAGCAUUUGUUAGCAUUGUAUGCUAACCAACAGAAUAAAAACAAAGACACCACUAGCUUUAGAAGGACUCAAGAUGUUAGUUUAGAACAGAACUGAGUUCAAACACAACUAGCUCUAUAGUUACCAUUAACCAGACUAGCAUUAUGUCAUAACUGGUUAUCUUAGAGUGCGAGCUGCAUUGUCUGCCUCAGAGCACUCAGUAGAUCUAGUUAGGUGUUAGCACAGAAUGUUAGCAUUAGCGAAGGUUAGCCUAAAAAAUCCACCUUCCCACACCCCUGUGCCAUGUGGGUCGCUGGUUCUGGAACAGGUGUAGUAACAGACCUGCAGCAGUGACUGAACACAGCGUCUCGGUCCUGGUGUGAGGACAGGAUGGACCGCAGACGAGCUGGUUAGCUAACGAGAAACAGCAAAAUACAAUCUGGCUCUCAGAACGUGCUCCCAGAUGUUAACUGUGGGAUCGUUCCUUCAGUGUCGCUGCCAUGAACUGAGUCCUGAAGAAAAAUCUUCCACUGUUUGAAGAUUCAGUGAAUCAGCUGUGAAAAACUACAUCCAGAUAACUGAAAUGUUGCUAUUUGAGAAUACUUUUUACCUUUUUAAAGGUUUGUAUUUGUUUUAUAAUGUGAAUCAUUUGCAGUGAACUACUUCCAUGUCAGCAUCAGGAAUAAUUAACGCUUUUGUACUGAGGGAUAUUCUUGAGCAGAAAGAAAUUGUUUAAUGUGCCAUGACUAAACUAUUAAAGCUCCUUCCAA